UAGAUCCUAAAAAGAGAAGAGAGCAGAGCUUCACACACCCGCUAAGAGCAUGAAGAUGAGUCGUGUGUAUUUGGUCCUGGGCUUCGUCCUGAUCAUGGCGCUCUACUCAGAUGCUAUGCCUGAAGCUGUCGCACAGCCUACGGGCUGCUGUUUUAAGUUUUUCUCUGGUAAAAUUCCUCCCCAGAGCAUCCGGCAGGUUAAAAUGAUAGACUCACGAUGUCCACAGAAAGGCUUCAUUGUUACUACUCCCAAGUUCCCCAGCCUGUGUGUUCAUGAAAUCGCUGUCCCUGGAAAAGCUACACCUUAAUGCUGCAACUGAGAUGCCACACACACCAUUUAUGACGACACUUAUGGAUGUUACUGAUGCUUAAUGUGAUGCAGAUUCAAAUAAAGUUAU